AUGUCCCCUGGGCUUGGAGGAAAGUGGUGGAUAGGAGGCCCCGAAGGAUUUAAAAAGGAAUUUGCCAUUACUGCUGUCUUGCCCCCUCUUGUUUCUAAAAUAGGUCCUUACGUAGUGAAGAAAAAUCACAUCCAGGAGCUCUUGACAGGGCCUGUCCGGUCACUAAAGAAGGUGGUGCUGUCUCUGUCCACUGUUAAUAUUUCCUCUGUCAGACCACACUGUGCCCCCUUCCUGGCUACUCUGCACACUGGCUGGCUGGCGUGGCUCCACAGCCGCUCCCUCCAGGCCACCCGGGCCAGGAGGGACCUGCUGGCCACAGUGCUGGGAGGAGGAGGUGCUGGCCUGGGAGUCCUCAACAGCAUGAAUGCUGAGGUCUUGGCAAACAAGCUGGAGACUGUCACCUCAGGAGUGCAGGACCUCCUCAAGCCCCUGAAUUCAUCCCUGUCCAGCCUUGGGAUGGGGCAGUGGCUUGUGUCAGAGGUGCUGCCCACCUGGGAACAAAUAAGUGAGAAAGACCAUCAGGUGCUGCUGCGAGCCCUGGGCAUCGAACAAAGUAACGUCUCUCUUGCUCUCAGCUGCAUCCAGGCCCAGAUGUGGGUGCAGAGUGUCGUUGCAGGCAUCCUGAGAGACGGCGACAACGGCGUCCUGCCCACUGAGAUCCGAAAGAUCGUGUGGGACGCGGCCACAGAGAAGGAGCGGCAGCUCCAAGCCUGGUGGAGGCUCGUCAACUUCACCCACGACCAGACCCUCAACGCAGUCAUUGCCCACGUCCUCACCGUGGCAGAGGCUCGCAUUGAAAAGGUCUACCCCAUCGUGGCCCUGGGGGUAAACACAAACGGGUCCGUGGUCUACCCCCUGGACCACCGCAUGUGGGCCAGGGUGUCUGAUGGGAAGUGGGAGACGGUAGAUUUGGAAGCCUGCAUUUUGGAGAGGGGGCUGGGAUUCAUAUGUGAAGAUGAUGCCCUUAAGGCGAGCGAUGUGUGCUUUGACACCAAAGAAGGGGUGUGCCACUUUGAGAUCAACCCCCAGAGCAGUAACAAAACCGUGCUAGUGUACGUAGGGAAAGGCUGUGUGUGCUUCAGAACAAUGUGUAAAUACGUGCAAAUUAAUGAAGCUUAUAACCAGACUGUGUUUAGCGACUCAAAUAUGUGUGCUUGCAAUGUAGCUACUAUUAGAGGCUGUGAUUUUGUGUAUAAACCACCUGUGUUUACUAGCCAGUUGCUAAUCAGAAACUAUACCUUGUAUCGUAGUAUAACCCCAACCCCCAUCGGUAUGGAUUUAUCCCUUGUAAAAGAAAUGUUAGAGCAUGCAAAUUUGCAGCAGCUGCUAGAAAAUGCCAAGGCUGAAGCUAAAAAGAUCCUAAUAACAGUUCACCACGAUGGUAAAGUUAUAAAACAGGUAAUGGAACGAAUUAGGAGGGCGGGAGAACACCACUGGUGGGAAGUUUUUUUUGGCUGGUCCCCCACGGCCACUGGCAUUUUCAACGCGCUGCUGCACCCCAUUGUAGUUAUACUGCUAAUGCAAAUCUGUGUGUGCUUUGCCAUGGUAGCCACUUGUUACCGGAUGAGGCAGGUGAAACUCUGCUUUGAUAACCAGGUGAAAGGAGCGGGGCUGGCCAAGACCCUCAUGAAAUAGUCAAGGGCAAGACUGGGUUGGCCUCUGUGUUUGCCACCAAGAAGAUCUUUUGGCUCCGCUGUUGGCUGCAACCCAGCAGGUGUUGGGUGGUGGGGACACACGCCAUGCCAGACCUUGAUGAAAGGGAUGGCCUUCUCUGCUACCAGAGGGCCAUCCAGGAGGGGAGGACAGGCCAAGCAGCCUGCAGAUGGCAUGAGCCACAGAAUGGUUGAGGUUG